AGCACGGAAGUGACGUUGACGCAGACGGCGGAUGAUCAGGACGCUGACAGGGAGAAGAGACAGCAUCAAAAGGGAGACCGUUCGAGCCCAGCCCUGAACCGUAGCGCCUCAAAAUCCGUCUUCAUCCGCGGACAUUUAACGUCCCAUCGUGUCCAAACCACCGGGAGCAUCAAGUUCACAUCUCGACCUUUCCAACAAGCCCCGUAUUACCGCCAGAUGACUUUCGCAGCAUUUUAAAACAAGUGGCGAAAGACUGCGGGAGCGGAGCCUACCCGGAGACAACACAGAGAAGACAGCGGAUCUGUCGAGGAGCCGCUCGGUUCGGCCUGUUCUGCUUUUAGACACCGGGGCGUUCAACCUCAACAUUUCCUUUUCACCUUUCGAGCUAGCGAGUGAGCUUGCUAGCCGACCACAGCUGGCCCCACCAUGGAGUUGAGAGUAGGAAACCGAUACAGACUGGGCAGGAAAAUCGGAAGCGGGUCAUUCGGAGACAUAUACCUGGGUACUGACAUCUCAGUUGGGGAGGAGGUCGCCAUCAAACUGGAAUGUGUGAAGACCAAACACCCACAGCUCCACAUAGAGAGCAAGAUCUACAAGAUGAUGCAGGGUGGAGUGGGUAUUCCAACGAUAAAGUGGUGUGGGGCUGAGGGUGACUACAAUGUGAUGGUAAUGGAGCUGCUGGGGCCCAGUCUGGAGGAUCUGUUCAACUUCUGCUCCCGCAAGUUCAGCCUCAAGACAGUCCUACUGCUGGCCGACCAGAUGAUCAGCCGCAUCGAAUACAUCCACUCCAAGAACUUCAUUCACAGAGAUGUGAAGCCAGACAACUUUCUGAUGGGGCUCGGUAAGAAGGGCAACCUGGUCUACAUAAUCGACUUCGGCCUGGCCAAGAAAUACCGUGAUGCCCGCACGCACCAGCACAUCCCAUACCGCGAGAACAAGAACCUGACCGGCACAGCCCGCUACGCCUCUAUAAACACCCAUCUGGGCAUUGAACAGUCCAGACGGGACGACUUGGAGUCCCUGGGAUACGUCCUGAUGUACUUCAACCUGGGCUCUCUGCCCUGGCAAGGUCUCAAAGCAGCCACCAAGAGGCAGAAGUAUGAACGCAUCAGUGAGAAGAAAAUGUCCACACCCAUUGAGGUCCUCUGCAAAGGCUACCCAUCCGAGUUUGCCACCUACUUGAACUUCUGCCGUUCACUGCGGUUUGACGACAAACCAGACUACUCGUAUCUCCGCCAGCUCUUCAGGAACCUCUUCCACCGCCAGGGCUUCUCUUACGACUACGUCUUCGACUGGAACAUGCUCAAAUUUGGGGCAAACAGGGCUGUGGAGGAUGCAGAGAGGGAGCGUCGAGAGCGGGAAGAGAGGCUGAGGCAUAGUAGGAACCCUGGAGCCAGGGGCAUGGCAUCAGCCUCAGGAAGAGCCAGGGCAACUCAGGACGUCGCAGCCCCCUCCCCGCUGAACCCUACCUCACACACAGGUUUGGAGAAAGAGAGGAAAGUGAGCAUGCGUCUUCAUCGCGGAGCGCCUGUCAACAUCUCUUCCUCAGACUUGACGGGGCGCCAGGACACAUCCCGUAUGUCCACCUCACAGGCUCUGUCCCGGGUCACGCCCAGCGGCCUCCAGUCUGCAGCUCCACGGUGAAGCCCGACCAUCCACCCAUGUACCAUGGAGGCCUCAACAUGCAGCACACUCACACACUCACACAUUGACACACUUACACACUCACACACUUACACAUACACUGGACUCUUGAAUGACGCGGGGGACUACCAACCAAUGCACAAGAGUCUGGCUUCACUCUUGUUCACUUGACGGAGGAAGAGUCGCACCACCAGGAGUGUGUUUGUGUGUGUGAUAGAGAGAUUGGCGGGUGGAGAACAGUUUGGUUGCCUUAACAACCUUGGCAAAAUAACAGCCGCAGCCUCCCUUCUUCCUCUCCUAUGGAAGACGUGGAGACACUCCCCCUCCUUGCCCUCAUUGUUGAUGAAGCCAUCAAUUCACUUUUCUCUGGCAUCAUGUUUGUUUGUUUUUUCUUUUUUUAACUUUGGUUUUACAUCAUUUUUAUUCUUUAUCAUUAAACUUCCUCUCACCCCAGCUCCACUGGUCAGACUUUACAAGGGUUUGAAAAUGGAGAAAGGCGAGUUUCUUACUUAUUGGAAAUAGUUUGUGGGACUUUUUUGAAUCCAAGAUCCAGAAGGUGCAUGAUCCAUCGUGGCAGUGUUGAAGCACAGUGCCUACGCUCUCUUUUGUGCUCUGACAGACUCUUUAAAUACCACAAGUUAACAUUUACUUUUCAUUUUUUAGGUGUUUUGAGGUUUAAAUUUUAAGGUAGAUUAACCCCCACUGUUUUUUAAAUGGGGAAAAAAGCUCCCGUUAAUGUUCUAUUUUCCAAUCUGAUCCUAGCGUAUGAGUGGUUUUGUCCUCAGGUGCGUUGGAACCAGGAUGUUGUACUAAAUCUGAACACAUGCAGCACAUUUUCUUUCAGUCUUCAGGUUGUGACUGCAGCGUGCUGCUUGGCAAAGCUGUGAAUGGAACAGUGUAAUAGUCGGGAUGUCGAUCUGUCCACGCUGAAUGGAUGAGAUGUCGUUUUUGUGCAUAGUGACGUGAUUUUUGUGUGUUUGUGUGGUUCUGUCUUAGGGUUAUACAAGCUCAACGGGGUAUGUGUGUAUGUAUGUGUGUUUCAUAUAUAUAUAUAUAUAUAUAUAUAUAUAUACACACACGCAUACAUAUAUGUAUAAAAAAUAUUGUCUUUUCCAAUGUAACAAUACUUGCUGCAAUUUACAGCUUUACAAAAGUAGGACAGAGCAUAACAUUUGUAAUCAAUUUGCAUGAUUGUUUUGGAGAAUCCGAUAAGACGCGAUAAACUGCACUUCAGUAAGUUUGCCCAGAAUCGGCCGAUUUCCGCAUUCAUUACUUCUAGCCUUAUCCUGUUCGAAGUACUUUCAUAUUGAGUAUGUGCCAUUAUACAAUCUUUUAUGACAUGGUUUCACAGUGCACAACUCAACUACAAGAACUUAAGAAAAAGACUUGUCCUCAACAACUGACAAAUUUAAAGGCACACUCGUUCAGGAUAACUACUCAGCCAGUGAAAACAAUUUUAUACUGGAAUUUAACUCGGUAGAGCACAUACCUCCGCCAAGGACAAACAGUCCCCUUAACCCUGUCAAGCCUUACCGUAGGAAACAUCUUCAUAGAUAUCAGUCCUCUAAAUUUCCUUUCAAGAUCUCUGCUUGACGAAAAUGUCUAAUUGUCUUUUCGCGGAACGAUAAAGUAUGAUCGACACUGAAAAACUUAACGGGUUCCGACCAAGCAAAAAAAUGGUCAGUUCAUUAGUUUCUGCUCAAUCCUGCUGAAAAACAAACUGACAAUGGCGAAACCACAACCUUCUUGGCGGAGGUAAACAUGUCUUGUGAUGCUCUCUAAUAGAAUACAGAGCAACCAGUUACAUAAUAUAGAUAAAUAGGAUCCAGUCUUACUGGAGCUCCAACCAUUUUAGCUUUGGCUCUCAAUUUUGACGAUUUGACUAUUUCUUCUCUUAAUCUGUUUUUGCAAGACCCACAACAUUACGAAAUGGCAAUGCUAAAUCACCGGAGUGUUUCAAAGAUAGUCCCCCAGAUUGAGCUUCAGGGCAUUCGCAGUGAGUUGGCAUCAUUUGGGUGCUCUCUUGGGCACGACAACAAAACACCAGCUUGUAAAAUGUAUCGUUUUACCAAUUUUUUACCAGAAUAGUCAAAACAUAAGUAGCUGCAACUGUUACUGCCUUGCUUAAAAAGGAGAAAUAGUUGGAAGUUGUGGUACAAGACUGAAAACGAUGCAAUCAGGCUUAACCGGUAGACUGGGAUUAAAACCAUCCCUGAUUCAGCUCUGAUGAAUUCUCAGACCAGGACAUCAACGUGAGAGCUGUGCAGUCUGAGGAUCCAGUCAGUGGAUUAGUAUGUGGUAACAUCAGGUUAAAUGGAGGUGAAGAGGUCUGGGAGCACAACGGACUCAGUGUUGUGAGAAAGGAGUUUGCGGUCGAGUCCCCAACGGUACAAGAACUAAACGUGGCUCUUCUCGUCGACUCCUGUCUGUAAAGAAGAAACUUGAUUUUGAGCGGUGAACCAACUGACGUGACCAAUGAAUCCUGCAGAUUUAUAAGUAGAAAACUCUUGAUCCGGUAGACUAGUCCUAACGUAUUGUAGGCCAUUUUCUGUAGUUAAAGGGGAGAGUGGUUGUAGUGCUAAUUUGUACAUGUAUGUUCUGUUGUGUAUAGGAUGUGCCUACUCUGUCCACCACGUCCAAAUGAGCAACUGUUAGGUUUGGGAUGAUGAUCAUAAUGAUGACGAUGUAUGGUGGGACUGGUAAUGCUUCACUCCAUUAGAUUCCUGCUGAGGCAGCUUUUUAAAAAUGUCCUUCACCUGUGGGCUUGUAAAGCAAACCAAAAAAAAAAAAAAAAGAUUAACUUAUUUGUCUCACUGAUGAUGGCUAUGAUAAAUGCAAGUACACUUUACUGGGGAAUGGGGAUAAUAGUUUACUUUGUCAGUCUGCUUUACUCGGUUUCUUAUUUUCGUCACCACCUGUGCAAUUUGCUUUUAACUGUGCAGUGGAGAUGGUUGCUCAUGUCCCACAAAGCAUCUCUUCACUGUAGAUCAUUGGGAAAUCUUUGUCUUUCCACUCCCACCUUAUGACCUUUGCUCCUCACAUGUAAUACCACUGUAUUUGUGUAUUUUAAAAUUGUGUAAAUAAAUUAAUAAGUACUUGUA